AGGUGAGGGAAGGAGUGGGGCCUAGGAGAAGGGGCAGGGUGGCAUCUAGGGAAAGAGGCAAGGUCUAGGGGAGUGGGCAGGGCCUGGAGGUGCUCUCGGGUCACCUCCUCCUUCAUGUGCACCCCUGGAGAAGCAGCUGAUGCGAGGCCUGAGGAAAGAGGGCCUGAGUCGCAAAGAUUAGGAAUCCAGGACUGCUGGGGAAACUAGCAGCAAAUGAGCAGGUGUCUGGAAUCAAAUGGGCAACCACGGAAAAGCCAAUUGCACGAACGUGAAUAACCUUGACCCCUGCAAUGGGAACACCACAAAUUUCUGCCCCAAAAGUAUCACUUGCGCCUGCGUAGAUCAAAAGCCUUUUUGCCAGUGCCAGAACUCCAGAGGUAAAUGGGGAGAAUACUGGUACAUGGGGACCAAGUGUGAGCAGGCCUGGAACACGCUGGAUCUGGUUUUGGUGGCUGUCCUCCCCGGGCUGGCACUCACCUUGAUCGUGGCAGUCACCAUGCAGACGGUCUACUACUGCAAAAAUAAGAAGUCCCGCCAAAGCGGAGGAGGAGAUCCUCAGGAGCAGCACAAUGCAGCUUUCCUUUCUGAUCAGCGGGUCCAGUCUUUACAGAUGGCACAUGCCAAGGCCUCGGGACCAACUCAAUCACAGUUCCCCACACGAUCUUUCAGUUUCAUGACACGAGGGGCCACGGAAGAGAUCUCUUAUCCCUCUCCAUCUUACGGUCAGUACGACUCUCGGCCACCGGGUAGGCCCCAGGUGGACUAUCUGGCCAGGAACGCAGGUCCUCCCCGGCAACAGCAGCCUCAGGUUGGUUUUGGAUCCCCUGGAGUUCCUAAACCAGACUACCUUCAAGGAGAGAGGCACCCCAUGGCCUAUCCAUCAGCAAAGCCAGAACAACCAUUUAGGAUCAGCCGGGCUCAGAUGGUACCACUCUAUUAGAAAGCUGCCUGCAAACAGCGAGGAGGGUGUUUGAAAAUGAAUCCUCACCCCUUCGGCCAAAAAAGACUUGAUUGAGGGUUUGGUGAGAUUUACAUACUCCAUUUCAGCGACGAAUAAAACUCCGCUGGCUCUGAAAA